AUGAGCGCCUCGUUACUCUUACAAUUAGUCCUCACCGGCACCCAAACUCAUUACGAAAGCCCCGGAUUGAUCGAUGAGAAGAGAUUGGAGCACCUGUUGAUCGCUGGUAAACAAAUUCUGUAUAAGUCGCAUCAAGAGAGUGAUGUCCGAUCUGCGCUGGGAUUCAACCCUCGAAUAUGGGAGGGUCUGACUUCGGUGCUGAAAUACGCUCUUCCGGCCCUGGAACAACAGUCCUUUACCUACAAGCACCCUCCGCAGCUGGGCUUUGGCGGCAGCAGCUCCGAACUCAUUGCUGCUCAUUACCUCAGUCUCGUCAAGGACAUUGAACGGCUGAACGACCUAUGCACGAUCGCGCGCAAUCUCCUCGCCACCACCAAAAAGGCCCAGAACCUCGCGGCGGAGAAGGGCUUCGAUCAACAGAUCCUGAAACUCAUCGAUGUCUGCGUUAAGGUCACAGCUCGGGGAUUCGACGGCGAGGCAAACCCGCGGAAUGAGGAGAGAUGGCAAAAGGUGGUGAAUUUGUACAAGAGGCUGUUGAUUACGUGUCUGCAGUUCUUGCACAACUUUAUUAUGCACAAUGAGCAGCGAAAGCUGGUGCUGUGGCUGGAUCUCUUCGGACAAUCCCAAACAAAUGAGGGUGACGACCAAAGCAGUCAGACAGACCAGCAAACUCUCAAUGAGGAAGGCAGAGAGACGGCUGCGAAGGAGGACAGAAUCAGGUCGACCGUCGAGAAACUGCCGCGACGAGUGGGUCGGUUUGCGGCAGAUGGAGAUGACCCGGGCUACAACAUCGACGACGUCCAUGCUCUGUUCGACCUCAUAGGCACCAACAAGGAGUAUGAUGAGCGGACCCAGAAGGCGGCCAAGGUGCUCAUGGACAAGAUCAGAUCUGACAUGGAAAAUCUGUCGGGCAUGAACGCGAAUCAGCUGGACGACAGCCCGGAUGUGCUGUUGAAAGUGGGAGCCGAACUGCGUGCUUGGUUACAGACUAAGGAAGAUGCUGCGGCCACCGAGACCCAUUCGCCGCAAGUCAAACAGGUUGCCGAGAAGAUUAUGGCUUUAACCCAGGUCAAUGGCUACAAAUCCGGUGGCAAGAUAAAGGACUCUCACUGGAGCGAUCUCCCAGAGCCUGGUUCGUACGGCGACCUGAAUGAAUCCACCCAGGAUUUGACAGAAGAAGACUUGAGCAUGCCCCGGACCGCUCAGUCUGCAGCUGCGACGUUGAAAGAAGCAAAAGAUGAACUCAUGGCGCGGCUGCACCCCCGGCCUCCUCCCAUGGUAGAUUAUGACGGACCCGAGUACGAUGACGAGGUUGAUCCAGAAGAAUAUGAACUCGAAGAUGAUGAGGACGACCUCAUCAGCGUCGGAGAUAGUAUGGAAGACGACGAUUACCGCGGAUCAGGGGACCAAGAACGCGGCCUCCUCACCGAUGUCCCCCUGGUCCUUGGACCGACUGAAAUCGAAGCAUUACCCAUGAUCAUCCAAGCAGGCAUUGUGGACAAUUUCGGGUCCAAGAACGGCACCACUGCUCACCAGCAAGGUCUUAAAAACAUGCAGGCGGUUCGCUGUCACAUAUUACUCGCUCAAGAAGCAGGACGCAACGUCCUGCGGGAGCUGUUGAUUUUUAUCGCCGCGUGGGAUUUGCCAGAUGAUGAAUUCUACUUUAAAAUGAUGGUGCAGAUCAUGGAAGCUAUCCUGAAAAAUGGGCUGAUGUCCCAUGCGUACGCGGACUUUGGGCAACCCAAGGACAUCAUCUCCCCAGCCCAAGCUGUUGUCAUCAAGAUUCUAACGCACAUCUUCCGUGCGAAAUAUAGCCCCCCUUCGGCGGCGCAACAGCAACAGAAUGCGGCAGGUGAACAACCACCUGCAGCACAACAGCAGAAACCUCGUCUGAGUUCCUCUCCACUCAGCCGUGUGGAUGUCCUGACGGUCCGGUAUAUUUUCAUCGUCUUCCGGGGCAACAUUAUCCCUGAAACCUGUGCCCUUAUCUACCUCCAAGGACAAAUUCGCGCCGGCCUCGCCCUGGCGGAGGAUUUCCCACUCAACUUGUGGGAUAUGGAACGUGUGUACGAAGGGGUGUACCAGUUCCUGGAAUUCUUUGCGGUAUUGACAGAGAAUAACGACUGGAAGAAGUUGUUGGUGCAGUGGGAGAUUGUGUAUGAUUUGGUGACGUUGAUCAAGGAGUUGGACCAAAGUAUUGCCAAGGUCGGAUUGACGCAGACUCUGCCUCCCGCUCGGACAGGUGCGAAUGGGAUUGUGAAAGCGACGACGAAUGGAAGCGGUGAACCACACAGCACGACCGAUCUCGAAGCUCCGGAGCAAGCAUCGGCACUUCCUGCACACGUUGCUGUUGAAAGACCGUAUGAAACUGCUGCCCAAACGGAAGAACCUGCGCAACAGAACGGCACCUCAACCGCACCUGAGUCGCUCCCACAACCGCCAGGUGACCACCCUUCACCGUCCACCCCUGCCCAGGCUCCCCCCGCCGCAACUACUGUGACUGAGGAACCGGCAGAUUUUGAAUGGCGCAACCUCAAGAAACUGAUCGUGCUGGUGUUGUCAAGCCUGGUCUGGAAGUCCCCGACGGUACAAAAUCAGAUCCGCGAGUAUGGUGGGGUUGAGACGAUCCUGAGUUGUACAACCUAUGAUGCAUGCAAUCCCUACAUCAAAGAACACGCCCUGAUGUGUCUCAAGUUCCUUUUGGAGAACAAUCCCGAAAACCAAGCGCUCGUUUCCUCCCUCGAGGCAAGGGAAGUUGUCCCUCCACCGGAUGGCAAGGACGCCGAGAUGAUCAGAGAGACGACCGAGAAACUUAAACUGGAGGUGCGCCUGGGAAGUGACGGGCGAGCGAGGGUGGUCAGAAAGGACAGUGCCCAAAGCCACAUGGCGAGAAGGGCGACGGCUGCCGCAGCGGACAGGAAUUCGAAUUCCAGGGAUAGCAGGAUCGAGGAACUGGGAGACGACUAUGACGAGAUGGAAGCCUUGGGCCUAUCGGUCAAUGGCGACGAGGCUGAAAAGAAGGAUAAAGGGAAAGGGAAAGAGCGUGCGGUGGAUCUGGAUGUUAGUGCCGACAACGCUGUUGAUGAUGAUAAUGAUGAUGAUCAGGAGAUUGAAUUCAUGUGA